AUUUUUUUUUUUUUUACAGUGAAUAAUUGUACUUAUAUAUUUUUGAAUUCAACACAAAUUACUAACUUCAUAAUGGAAAAACUUCAAAAUAUUGUGAAAUCUUUGCCACAUAUGUCUAAAGACAUAGUGGACGACACAAUUCAUGAAAAAGUGUUAUCAUACUUAUCAGAAUACGCGUCGCAAGGUCCAAAAACAGUGGUCAAAUUCAUUGAAUGGGACAUCCUGGAUAUAAUACUCUUGCAUCAUGCGAGUGCACGAAGAUUACAGGAUUAUGGCAUUAUCAAUUCGUUUUCUUGCGCGUCUUUUGGCCAAUGAUGAUAGGCAUCAUGCUCCAUUGUUUUCUCAGCUACAUACAAACUAUAUGGGUAUACUUCAUUUUAUUUUAGACAAUGUAUUUAACGAAGAAGCUUUGAUGCGUCUUUCAUGUAUUGAGGCUUUAGAACAAAUAGUAAUUUAUAACCUUGGCGCUAAAUGGUUUCUCGAAUCAAAUAAAAGCCAUCAAAUCGUAGCAAAAUGUUUCGAUGAUUCUAGUACAUAUGUAACAGUUACAGCGUCUAAGCUACUCUUAACUAUAAUCAACAAUUGUUCAUUAUUCGCAAAACUCUCUUUAACUACGAAUUGGAAAAAUACUGAAACACAGGAUGCCCUUAUGGAUUCUUUAAUAACUUCACUUGAUCUUUUCAAUAAAAUAAAUCAAUUUGCGUUUGAUUCAUCUGUUGAUAUAAGGCGUCGUUUGGAAGCUUUGCAGAUAAUUUGGGAAUUAGUAAAUUCACGGACAAACAAUGCCAUCGAAUUUAUAAAACAAGGGCAUCUGUUGAACAGGUUGAAUGUUUUGUUAACUGAUCCAGAUAGAAAUAUAAGAGCAAGAGCAAACGACAUUUUGUGCAUAGUGCUAGAUUGGGUUCCUGAUCCGAUUUCUUUAUUUAAGAGAUCAGGAUCUUUAGAUACUAAAGACUCUGUCACAGAAACUUUGAAUUAUAUCAUAAAUGAUUUCGUUUUCCCGUUGUGGAAUACUGACUCUAGUUUUGAAAUGAUUACAAUGGCAGUCAAUAAAAUCCUGAAAAAUUUGAAUAUCUUCGGCACAAUUAUGUGCAUUUCGAAGUCAUAUUUGAGAAUGGUACAUUUGAAAAGUUAAAGAAACUUUUCCAAACAAAACGAAAUUUUGCUGGCCGGAAAUUAUUGAUUCUCAACAUAUUGCAUACAAUUCGCGUUAUUUCACAAAAAAAUGCUGCUGCAGUUGCGAACACAUCAUCAAUAUGCAUGAUACUAGAUAUUUUGUUU